UUGACGCGCGUCAGGGAGGGUGUUGCGCAGUUAUCAAACUCAAGUUUCUCCUUCACAAGUCAGAAGAAGAAGAGAAGAAGAAGAAGAAGUAUUAAUUGAAGCAUCAAUCAAUCAAAUAUGAGGAAUAUGAAAAUGGUUGAAAAGGAAGAAGAAGAAGAAGAGUCGUGUUUGCAAUCCAUCCGUUAUCAGCGGGGCUCUCUUCACCUCCUUGACCAGAGAAAACUUCCUCUCAAUACCAUCUAUUUGGAUAUUCCUGAUGCUGCUCAUGCCUGGGAAGCAAUUAGAGAGAUGGUGGUUCGCGGGGCGCCUGCAAUUGCUAUAGCUGCUGCUCUUUCUCUCGCUGUACAAGUAUCUAAACCGGAUCAUCAAUUUACUGGAACACCACAUGAGGCAGCAUCUUUUCUUAUUAGCAAAUUGGACUAUCUUGUCUCAAGUCGUCCAACAGCUGUCAAUCUUUCAGAUGCUGCAACCAAGCUUACUGACAUUGUAAUCAACUCUGCUGCAACUGCUACAGACGCCCACCAAGUUUUUCAGGCUUACAUUGAAGCUGCUGAGAUUAUGCUCGAAGAAGAUGUUGCUUCCAACAAAGCAAUAGGGACAUAUGGAUCUUCUUUCAUCUUGAAUCACCGAAAGGAUAUUAACAAGCUUUCUGUUUUAACACAUUGCAAUACUGGCAGUCUUGCAACAGCUGGAUAUGGAACUGCUCUUGGAGUAAUCCGUGCACUUUAUGCUGAUGGAGUACUUGAACGUGCUUAUUGCACAGAAACUCGUCCUUUCAAUCAAGGCUCAAGAUUGACGGCUUUUGAGUUGGUCCAUGACAAAAUACCAGCCACACUCAUAGCGGAUUCUGCAGCUGCUGCUCUAAUGAAAGCUGGACGUGUUCAUGUUGUCAUUGUUGGAGCCGAUCGUGUUGCUGCUAAUGGUGACACGGCCAACAAGAUUGGAACCUAUAGCCUUGCCUUAUCUGCUAAGCAUCAUGGUGUUCUUUUUUUUGUUGCUGCACCCUUGACUUCAAUUGAUUUGUCACUGUCAUCUGGAGAAGAGAUUGUUAUAGAAGAAAGAUCAGCCAAGGAAUUACUAAAUACUCGUGGAGGUCUCGGAGAACAAGUUGCAGCUUCUGGGAUAUCUGUUUGGAAUCCGGCUUUUGAUGUUACACCAGCCAAUCUGAUUGACGGUAUCAUAACCGAAAAGGGUGUCAUUACGAAGGUUGGGAAUGAAGUUUUUGACAUCAAGGGUUUUGUACAGAAGACUAUGAGCAAUUGAGAUACAAAGAUUUUUAAGUUAUUACCAUCACUUGUAAUGUAAUAUGUUAUCUGAAUAAAUUAGUAUCGUAAACCAUUGGCACAAAUGCACUUGACCCAAGAGAGGUUCCCAAGCCUCUGGGUAUUCUAAAAUUUGUAUCAGUGUAUACGUAUGCUUUUGAGAAGCUGCCACUUUUGUGUAUUUUUAUAUUAUUUUUCUAA